AUGGGUUCGUUGAGCUCGUCAGUAGCAAACAACAGCUUUCAAAACGUAGCGACAUCAUCGAAACUAACACGACCACAAACCGUUUGGAUGUGGAAAUCAAACGUAGAAACAGAAGAGUGGAAAAGAUAUUCUGACGUUGAAAAUCGCAUCAUCGAACAAGCUAACCAACAAAACAAAAAUCAAGUUGAACUCGAUGAUCUCUGGAUCGAUUUGAAACAUGAAAUUCAAAUCAAUAAACAAGACUCGAACAAAGAAAGACCAAUCAAGCGAGUCACAAACAUGUCAAACGAAUAUGUGAGAGAAGAAAGAUUUACGUGUGAACAACCAAUACUUAACGCUAAAGCAUUUAGCAACACUUCACUCUUUUGGUUUGUUUCGUGCAAAUCGUUUGUUUAUGCAGCAGGGCUUCGGAAUGUAAAGAUAAACGACGAAUUGGUUGAGAAAGCAGCUUGCGGCAUUGAAGAAGAGGGUGCGAAAGUGAAUAAAAAAAAAGAAGCUGAAUGGAUUGCGAAUGAAUUGAGAAAAGUAAAACGGAGAGGAGAAAAAGAAAUCGGUGAAUGUUGCGUCAAACUAUAUACAAUGGAAAGUUUCUUGUACAAACUUGUCAACAAAGUCAUGAGAGAAGCGCAAAUAAAAGGAAAUGGACGGAAACCAGAGUUUGUGUCUGAGAGAGAUACAAAUUAUGGUCGCACAUUGGGACCUUAUUGCUGGAUAUUACAAACUUAUCUUCGCAAGAGUUCUCAUGAAAAAGGCACUUAUGUUUACCGAAGCGCCAACUUGACAAACGAAAUGAUUGAUGAUUAUAAAAAACAUGUUGGUCGCUCUGUUUCGUGGAAUUCGUUUUCAAGCACAACAAAGAACAUAGCGAUCACGUUAAAUUUUGGUGGAAAUACUUUAUUUAAAAUUCACAUUCCUCGACGAACAGCUGAAAGCAAUGUGGCAAUCUCAUCAUUGUCAGAAUAUCCGAAGGAAGAAGAAGUAUUAUUAGCAGCUGCUGUGGAGAUCGUAAUAAAAAAAGUUAAAUAUGACAAAAGAAUCAAUAAACAUGUCAUACACUUAAAAUUAUGGGGAAAGGACUAA